GUUGUGAGUGCGUGAGUGUUAUGGGGCAGGAUGGGAUCAGCACAUAGCGCUGAGGUCGAAGCUGGGACCGGCGCCAGGGAUCCUUCUGCUCAGGAAAGGAAGAAGACCACUUCUAAACGUAGAAGACACUCGGUGGACUCGGUCGCGUCGUAUUCUAGUCAGAAUCACGUUGACCGGAUAAGGACUCAGAACUUCUCAGCGGCUUCUUCUCAAGAGGAUAGUGACUUCGGUUCGAUAAAGACAAGUUUGUUCAGGCGAUCCAUAUCGAACUUAGAAUACCCACUGAAACGUCCCGAUAGCGUGACAUCUAACGCGAGUUCAACAAGAAGCCGACUUCGAGAGCUGGUCGAAAGGAAAUCGAGUCAGGAGGAACACAAACCCGCUGCAAAUACCGUUGCUGAUAUCCAAUAUUUUGAAAACCCUACGGAAACUUUGGAAUUCGAUAGCCCGCGGAACUCUUUGGAUUCUAAAAAGAAUAGCAACGAACGUUCGAAAAAAAGAAAGUUGCCUAAAAGUAAAGAAAACAAUAAUAAGAAAAACGAAAAGUUCCAGAGUAAAUUGGCUGAAUAUUACAAAUUACCAGUUCAACUACCACAAGACGAAUUCUAUCUACAUUUAACAAGAUCACGGGCUGCUGACGAAUUGUCACAUAAACGAUUUCCAAACUCGGACACAGAAUUCAGUGGAAGCUACGGUAAAUUGUGCAAGCACAAGGAAGAAGGAUCCAACUUACGGCGCAGUAGAAGUUUAGCUGUAAUAAGAGAAGAGACUUUCACAGAUCUACAAAUACAAAAUCACGGAAAACAUAAGAGAUCCCAACUUAUACCUCGCGCGCGCUUAUUUGACAAGCCAGGAUUUAAAGACAGAUUUAUCGGUCGAGCAAAGUACCAAACCAAAGACGAAGUUUUAGAAGGAAUAUACAUUGACAGCACAGUUUCAUGUUUUGCUGACAUAAACAGACAACAAAUAACCGAUGAAAAUUGUGAUAAUAUCGACACAAAAUCAGAGAAAGAUUUUUCAGAACGAAACGAAAGCCGUAAUUCAAAGUCAGUAGAUGGUAGUUGGAGCAAUUUAAACGAGGAAGCGAAACAAAUAACUUUAUCUGAAGACAGUAUCGGGCAUUCACGCAAUCCUAGUGAGAUCGAUAGCUUGGAUUCAAACUACGUUAGAAAACAUUACAACUUUGAAGCUCACGUCAAUAAUAGCAAAGAUUCACCAUAUACCAGUCGGUCUAUAACUACUAAUUCUAAAGAAUUUUACACAGAAACUGACGAUCACGAAACUGAUAUAGAAGAUAAAGAAGAUAAACAAGGAGCAUCAAAUAUUUUGCAAAGUGAAGUAAUAAGUCAGGAAGAUAUUGACUCUACAUUGCAUGUUCCAGACACAGAAAACAGCAUUCAGGACACAUAUCACCUUUGCGAGGAUGUUAAAAGCUUAGAUGAUAAGCAAUCACUAAUUUCUGAAAAUGAUGAGACAAUAUCAAGUCAAGCAGGAAGUGUAACAUCGUAUAUAUCGAUUUCAAUAGCUUCGUCUACCGAAAAAUCACAAAAGUUAGAGCAUUUGGCCAAUUCUUUGGCGGAAAAAAUUGAUGAGUACUGUGACUUGCAAAGCGUUGAGAGUAAAUCUAUAACGCGUUCGGAAAAUCUACCUUCUGAUCCUAUAUAUACAACAGUUCAAAAGAAAAAAACAUUCGCAGAUAUUAGAAGACAAUCUAUCCAGAAAAAACUAGAUGAAAGUAAGGGGAUACAAGAAACUUGGGUUAAAUCAACUUGUAUUAACCUUGGCACAUUAGAACAAGAUAUUUUUACUUCGGCAAUAAAUAUUAAAACAGAACCAUUUGUCACACUAAUAGAAAAUCAAUAUUAUUCCUUACCAGACAUAAAUAUAAGCAAAUGUUUGAGAAAAUCAGAAAGGAUUGAUGCGCAGCUUAGAGAAGAAGAUACAGAAGAUUCGCCUUGUGAAAAUUCAUACGACAUAUCACAAACUAACAUUCAACAAGUACUUUGUGAUAAACCUAGUGAAAAUUACGGGCAACUUAACAAGACGGUUGUAGAAGUAACUGGUCCUUUUGAAAAUAUAUCUUCAAAGACUUUGUACAGCAAUGAUACUUAUCCAGAAACACACGCGAUACAUUGUUCAAAGUUAGAGGACGACUUAAAAUCUAUAACAAGUAUUAAUAGUUCGAAUCCAGAUAAUAAAGUUUACUUUGAAAAUCAUCAAAACGAAAGAGAAGUAAACGAAAUCGAAGGGACAAUAAGAAAUACUAAAGUAAUAACAAAAGCUGAAAGUUUAAAAAUUAACAACUCUUAUAAACCAACAGUCAAAGUCUUAAAGUCUUUGUCUAAUGAUAAUAUUCACAAAUCGGUUCGGGAGCCAAAGGUAAAGUCUGACAUAAAGAAACAUUAUUCUUUGAGGCAACGUGAUCCGUCUGAAACUGUUCCUAUACUUAGUCCGGAUACAGUUAUAAAAGGAUUAAAGAAAGAAAGCAGACCAAUAAGGAAACAAUCUUUCACAGAAGAAAUAAAGAAUCAUUCUUUACUAUCCAGAGUCCAAUCAUUUAAGACGUCAGCAAAAUCAGAUAUUGAUAUAGUACCAUUAGGUGGCCAUCAAACUCUUAUAAUAGAUCCUCCGUUGAAACAAGAGGUAACAUCAGCUGAUAGGAGCAACAAUUAUAAUCAAUCGAAGUAUUUACUUACAGAAUUUACUACUAAGCCUGUUCAAAUAAAUAAAGAGAACAAAGAAACAAUAGCAGACAACAAUACAAGUAGAGAAAAUCUUUUGAAAAGUGAGGAUUCAUUUAUAACGAUAAAACUUAACAAGGUAGUAAAAACCAGUUUACCCAAAUUGCAAACCAAUGCUUGUGAAAACAUAGAGAAUUUAAAUUAUCACUGUCAUUCUUCUCUGCCUAUUUAUAAAGAAAAAGAAGUUAAUGAGGAUACAGCGUACAGCAAUCUUAUUAAUAAUCAAAUUGACAAAAUGACUAGACCACAGAUUCUUCAAGUAGUGGACUCUAAAACUAAAUUAAAGAAACGUAACGAUACAAUCAAUCUUUCAUUAGACGAAAACUAUACCAAAUCAAAAGAUGAGAGACAAAUAAAAGAAGAAAUCAAUACAAAAUCUGAAAAUUAUCAAGUUAAAGAAAAGUUAGAUGAUGCUAUUAAAACAGACAUUGAAUAUCAAGAAAAAAUCAAUUCUGUUAAAAGUUACUGGUCUAAGCUUAUACAAACACCUGAAAAUAAUAAAAUGAACGAUCUCAACAAACAAGAAAAAGAGGAGAAACCUGAAAAUUCUCAACCUAUUCUAUUUGUUGAAAAGGAUGACACACUGCAAACACAGGAAGAUAACAGUAUUUUACCAGAAAUAUCAGUAGGAAAAAUUAUAAAAUCUUUAGAAAGUGUAAAAAUAGUUGACAGUAUUAAAAAAAUAGGUCAAAGUAGAUUAAAUUUGUGGAAAGAUGAAUCAGAAAAGGUAAAAAGUGAUUCUGAGAUAGAGGAAACGCUAGUAGAAAAAAUUGAAAAAGGGGAGGAAAUUGAUAAUAAUGUUUACGAAAAACCAAAACCAAAUAACGAUUAUGGCAAGAGUGAAACUGACAUGCACAGAGAUACACCAGAUAUAGAAAUUGUUGAAUUACGCAGCGAAGAUAAUCUAAACCAGAAAACACAGGCAACAUUAAUAAAAGCAAAGGGAUAUGAAAAAGGAUGUGAUGAUUUUGAUCACGUUCGCUAUAAAGUCAUGAAAUCAGAAUUAUUUAAAAAUAGUAUGAUAGCUAAUUACCGUAAAGAAGCCCAAUUUGACGGACUACUCCAAUAUUUACAAGAAUACAGUUUUCAAGAACUAUUAACAAAUAAUAAUAUAGUUAUCAUAGAACCAGUACGAACUAAAAUAGAACCCACACCAAAGAAAGCAAAAAAUACAGAAACAUGCAAAAUUUCACCAAAUUUUAUAAAAAGAAGUGAUGGCUCUUUUCAGUCAGAAAAGUCAAAAAAUUCUGUGCGCAGGCAUUUCUUCUACCACCCCAUAAGAGUAAAUAAAGAAAUUAUUGAAGAAGAACUCCCUAAUCCAGAUACAGUUAAAAAAGUAAGAAAUCUAUUUGAGGAUACUUUGAAAAUGAAAAGCCCGAUGACACUUGAUUCAAGGUUAGAAGAUGAAACAAUGAAUACAAGUAAACGUUCAUUAUCCUACAAAAAUCUUAAUGAAGAAGUCAAGAUCAAAGUAGGAAGAAAACGAUUAACAAAACCUUUGACUAUAGAUACCAACAUUGGGAGCAAAAAAUGGGACAAUUCAAGUCUUUCAAGUGGGGUGUCCAGUGGAGAUUUAAGUUCGAAUAAUGAAUACGAAACAGAUGCUUUAAGUCCGAUAUCUCACAAGAAUAUUAAAGAUAAUGUAUAUAGUUCAAGUGAAGAAUAUUUGUGUGAUUCUUCAAACCAAGACUUCUGUUGUGAAAGUCAAUACGUCAGCCCAGACAUUUUGAAGAAAAUCCGUGAAUGCGGAACGUCUAUAACAUACUAUGGAGGAAAAGUUUUAAAUUCAAAAACUAUCUCGAAUUUAAGCCCCAUGACGAAGGCAAUAAUGGAAGAAAUUAAAAGCUUACAAAAAGAUUGCAGUAGGGAUUGCGAUUCAUGUCAAACAAAAUGUAAAGGAGAUAAGUGUGGAUGUCUUACCUCUGACAAAAAUAAGAAAAAUGUUUCUGAAAUACCAGCUUCACAAACCUCACAUUCUGUUACAAGUGAAUAUCAAAAAAAAAGCUUACGACCUGAAAGCUUUCCAGGGUUUAAAUUUAAGCUUGUUAAAUCAAAUAGUUGCAGCAGUCGCUUAGAACUUACAGGGACUGAUGACACCAAAAGGUUUCAGUUUAGGAGACAAAAUUCAAAGGACGAUCCACCUUUAGUGCAAGACGAGGAAAAUUCAGUCAAAAAUAAAAUAAAUCGAUUAGAAAGCUACAAUAAAGGACCAAUGAAGACUCCAAUCCAAGUAAAAAAGAACGAAGAUAGAAACAAUAAUCUUCUUCCAGACGUUAAAAAACCCCAAACUACUGUCACGCAACAAAAAACCGAUGAAUUAAAUAACAAUAAAAUAGAAAAUAUAUUGAGUAACAAUGCAAACGUAGAAAGUCUUAACGGGUCAGGACUUGAGAAAACAUCAAAUGUUAUUAAUGACCAUGCCAUUGAAAAAAAAUUUUAUUAUGUAAAUAACAAUGCAGAGAAUAACAAAACUGCUCCAACCGGAAAAUUUGGAGAAAUGAUAUUUGAGGAGUUUGAAGUUUUAGAAUCAUGUUAUGAUAGUUUAAAUAGUAACAAGUCGUUAAAUUAGUAUAAUCAUUAUAAAGCUUUAUUCAUGCUAUAAUUAUUGUGAUCUGUAUUUGCAAUCUUAUAUUUGAGCAUAAUUAAAUUAUUACUUGUAAAUCUUAUAAAUAAUAUACUGUAACUAACCUUAAUAUAAUAGUUAUUCUUAAUCAAAUGUAUUCUUAAGCUGUAGUAUAGUUAUACAUGUCAUUCGUAAUUCAUACAAAACUAUUAAUUUACAUGUUCUGUAUGGUGAUGGCCUAUACUUAAAUAUGAAAUAAGUAAAUUGAAAACGAUUAAAUGAUUUAAACAUUAAAA